AUGAAAAGUGCAAUGCAAAGGAUAGCAAGUAAUCAACCACAACAGAGCAUAUUCUACUCUCUAAACAUCAAGUUCCAAGCUUUAGCUGAGAAAGCGGAAAUGGAAGAAAUUAUCAAACUGAAGCAAUACGAGAUGAACAAAGGGUAUCAGUAUUUGAAAGCUAAGUUACGUCGCCGUCCGUCCAAGAAACAAGGGUCAAGUUGUGAUGUAGUUAUAAAUAGUGAUACGAAUAAGAAUGGUACCAUAAUGAGUCCGUCUUAUCCAUCGCCGUACCCUUCGAAGACGACUUGCAGGUACGAGUUUCAGGGACGCGGCAAAGAGAGGGUCCAAAUUGUCUUCCAAGACUUUAAUUUAUACCAUUCUUCGGACAACUCCAAAGAAUGUGACAACCAGGAUUCCCUAAUUGCCUUCGUGCACAUAGACGGCCGAAUGGAAAAAAUAGACAGCUUUUGUGGUAACACAUUACCAAAACCUGUCAUGUCCAACGGACCUAGGCUUAAGUUAGAAUUUCAAAGUCUCAUCGCAUCUAGAUACUCGAGAGGCUUUAAAGCGACAUACAGCUUUACAGAAAAUUUUGGUAUUAGAACCGGUACCCAACUACCAGAUUACCCAUGUGCCUUUGUAUUUAAUAGUAACGAAUCUAGAAGUGGAUAUUUCUACAGUCCAAAUUAUCCAGGUUUCUACCCAAGGGACACUGAAUGUCAUUAUUUCUUUCAUGGAAACCUGAAGGAGAAAGUACACCUACAUUUCAAUUAUUUCGAUGUUGAAGGAGUAUUACCUUGCGAAGCCAUAUCAGCUAGCGACUACGUAGAAUUUUCAAACUUCAUGGCUCGAGAUCGAAAAUACUCCCGGCAUUGUGGUCAACUCAAAGAAUUUGACAUCGAAUCGGAUAGAAAAUUCUUCAGAGUAACCUUUCGUUCUAAUGACAGACUAGAUGGUACAGGAUUCAAUGCGACUUAUCACUUUAUGGACGAAGUAGAAACUUACACAGGAAGGCCAUCAGAAACGUCUAAAGGACCUCAAAGUAUCCACGGUACUGCUACUGUCUCGACUUUGAUAUUCAUCAUAUUGAUGAUAAAAAUGUCAACAUAAUCAUUUUAAUUAGAAAACUUUUUUAAAGCAAUACUUUUCCAAGAACAAAAUCAAGAAAUUAUG